AUGUCGGCCGACGCUCAGGCUCACCCCGCCUCCAAGCUCGCGGCCAUCAAGUCCACCGCGGGCUCCCUCGUCAAGCCCGGAGAGUCCGAACUUGCUCGCUGGAAGCGCACCUUUGACAAGUUUGCUGGCCAGGAGGUCGACGGCACAAAAUACCUCACUGUGCAGCAGUUUAUCGAUGCCAUCGCCCCUACCAACGAGGGCUUUAGCCGCAUCAAGCGCGAGCAGUACAGCAUCCUUUUCCGCGUCGCCGACACCCACAACCGUGGCCUCGUUUCGUUUGAAGAGUUUGUGGUCUUUGAGACGAUUCUGAAGCGGCCCGACGCGGACUACCAGCUGGCGUUUGCCGUCUUCGACGUUGAUGCCUCGGGUGAGGUCGACUUUAACGAGUUCAAGUCGGUCCUGUCCGAGAACCUUUCUGCGAGUGGCAUCCCGUUCAACUUUGACUGUGACUGGAUCAAGCUCUACCUGGGCAAGCGUGGCGGCUCGCACGUCCUUGGCUACGACGAGUUCACCCAGCUCAUCAAGGGCUUCCAGGGCGAGCGUCUUCGCCAGGCCUUCCAUUUCUUCGACAAGGACUCGGACGGAUACAUUGCGCCCGAUGAGUUCCAGCGCAUCAUCGUCGAGGUCGCGGGCCACAAGCUCUCGGACUCGGUCCUCCAGCGCCUGCCCACCCUCUGCACCAUGAGCCCCGGCCGCAAGAUUAGCUACUCCGAGGUCAUUGCCUUCCACAACAUCAUUCGCGAGAUGGACCUCGUUGAGCGUAUCAUCAACCGUGCCGUGCGCAAUUCGCGUGACGGCCGCAUCUCCGUUUCGGACUUCCUCGACGAGGCUGCCAACAGCAUGCGCUACGGUGUCUUCACUCCCAUGGAGGCCAACAUCAUUUGGCACUUUGCUAGCCGCGGUGCCGAUGGAUCGGCACAGCGUCUCACCAAGGGUGACUUUGAGGCUCUUCUCGACGCAAAAUGGCAGCCUCCUGUGGACAUUCUUGCUGCCCCCACCAAAAAGACCAGCCUCCUCCACGAGAUCGGCAACUCGACCUACAACUUUGUCCUGGGUGGUAUUGCUGGUGGUCUCGGUGCGUUCACCGUCUACCCUAUCGACCUGGUCAAGACCCGUCUUCAGAACCAGCGUUCGACGGUCGUCGGUGAGGUUCUGUACCGCAACGCGUUUGACUGCGUCAAGAAGGUCUAUGCCAACGAGGGCGGUGUCCGUGCCUUUUACCGCGGUGUCCUCCCCCAACUCAUUGGUGUCGCCCCCGAGAAGGCCAUCAAGAUCACUGUCAACGAGCUCGUCCGUAAGAAGUUGACCGACCCCGAGACUGGCCGCAUCUCUCUUGCCGCCGAGAUCCUCGCUGGUGGUGCCGCUGGUGGUUGUCAGGUGUCGGUCACCAACCCCCUUGAGAUUGUCAAGAUUCGUCUGCAAAUGGCCGGCGAGGCCGCCCGCGUCGAGGGUGCUGCCCGCGUUACUGCCGUUGGCAUCAUCAAGCAGCUCGGUCUCGUCGGUCUCUACAAGGGUGCCAUCGCAUGCCUGUGGCGUGACGUUCCCUUCUCCAUGAUCUACUUUACCUCAUACGCACACUUGAAAAAGGACGUGUUCAAGGAGGGCCGCCAGGGCAAGCAGCUCGGCAUGGGCGAGCUCCUCCUCGCUGCUGGUAUCGCCGGUAUGCCCGCCGCCUACCUCACCACCCCUGCGGAUGUCAUCAAGACCCGUCUGCAGACCCAGGCCCGUGCCGGCCAGACCGUGUACAAGGGUGUUGUGGACGGUUUCAAGACCAUCCUCCGCGAGGAAGGUGUCCGCGCCCUCUACAAGGGUGGUCUUGCCCGUGUCAUUCGCUCGUCGCCUCAGUUUGGUGUCACCCUCACUGCGUACGAGAUUCUCCACAAGCACUUCCCUUACCCUUACGCCGACGAGCCCGCCGUCACCGUCUCCCCACUCCGCCAGCACACCGACAUUUCGCGUAUCCGCGCGCGCAACGGUCUGCGUAUCCUCCUCGACUGCUCGAGCAGGUUUGGCAUGGUCAACGCCGAGUCGGCCGCCAAGCACGUCCAGUCGCUGCCAAAGGUGCUCCAGGCUUGA